ACUGCCAUACAAUUGAAAUUAUGCGACUCAAAGAGCGAAUUGUGAUCUUUUUAAUCGGCAUUUGUGGUGCUCUUUGCAUAUUAUUUGUGAUACAUGCUAAAAUUGUCGACGAUCAAUUUGAUUAUCCAAAACCAUACAGGUUCCUUGAUAGUCAAGAUUUUGCUCGUCUCAAUGAGCAGCGGUCACCCGAAAGUGGCCUAGGUGACACCUUCAAGAAGCGGGUUUUAUAUCGUCAGAUGUCCCGAGAGUAUGAACAACAACAACAACAACAACAACAAGAAACAACAACAAUCACAAGUGACCAUUAAAGGUAAUAAUAAUCCAAUCAGUAGUAAAUUAAUAUCAACAAUUAACUCGGGAAAGUCAAUUAAUCCAGCGCAACAAUUGAAAGCAAGUGAAUCAGUACAAUUAGUUAAUUCAGUUGUUAAUGGUAACGAGAAAAGUUUAAUUGCCAACGAGAUUGAUAAUUAUGGUAACAUUGAUUAUGUUAAAAGUGUUAAUUACAAUGGUAUCCAUUCACCCACCGGUGGUAAUUAUAACAGUCUGAUCGGAGGCGGUGGGUCAGUGUUAACACCACCUCAAGGCGGAGGUGGUCCAGUUUCGUCAACAUCUUCAUCAGCUAAUCAACUUUACUCAGGUGAUAUUUUAAUUAUCGACGAUGAUUUUAGUGAUUUAGUGAAAAUCGUGAAUAAUUUCAACGAUAAAUCAACAACUAAAUUGGAAUUUAAAAAUGUUCGAUCAUCUUUAUCAUCCUCAUCAACUAAAAGACCAUCAUCCAAAUCAUCACUUCGAUCAAGAAAGUUCGGAUUAAAUCCAAGCUUAGCUCAACUUCUCAGCAUUGAUAUAAGGCGUAAUUUAAGCAAUUGGGAAAAAUUUCACCUCAAUAUCAGGCAGCAUGAUUUAUACACUGAAUCUGAUUCAACUAUUGAUGAUUUAUUGAAGGACAUGGCAACUUUACCAAUUGUCCGAGUGGGACAAAAAGAGGGUGGGACACAACUUAAAUUGAUAAUUGAUUACCGGAACUCAGGGCAAGCCUUAUUCAAACCUAUGAGGUUUCCCAGGGAAAAGGAAACGGAUCCAAAUCAUUUUUAUUUUGUUGACUUUGAAAGACACAAUUCAGAGAUCGCUGCCUUUCACCUUGACAGGCUUUUAGGUUUUCGACGAGCGCCUCCGGUCGUAGGUCGAGUUAUCAACAUAACCUCUGAGAUCUAUGCUCUCAGUGAUGAUGCUCUACUCAAGACAUUUUUUGUUUCUCCUGCCAAUAAUUUGUGCUUCCACGGCAAAUGUGGUUACUACUGUGAUACUGCUCAUGCAAUUUGUGGCCAUCCCGAUACCCUGGAGGGCAGUUUUGCCGCUUUCCUGCCUUCGACAGCACUUGCCCCACGAAAGAUCUGGAGACAUCCAUGGAGAAGAUCUUAUCAUAAACGUCGAAAGGCCAUUUGGGAGACCGAUGAUUCUUAUUGUGAUACAAUUGUCCGUAAAACGGGUCCCUACAAUAAAGGCCGUCGACUGCCCGAUCUAAUGGACAUGUCGAUAUUGGACUUUCUUAUUGGGAACAUGGAUCGUCACCACUAUGAGACAUUCAGAAUUUUCGGAAACAAUACAUUCCCCCUUCACCUUGACCAUGGAAGAGGAUUCGGUUUGGCCAAUCAUGAUGAGCUUUCCAUUCUUUCCCCUGUUCGCCAAUGUUGCCUGAUUCGCCUUUCAACCUUACGUAAACUACUCGAACUACACAACGGAUCAGAUCACCUUUCUGACCUGAUGAGAAAUUCACUUGCCUCUGAUCCAAUUUCACCGGUUAUAACGGAACCUCAUCUGAACGCCUUGGAUCGUCGGGUGUCCAUUAUUUUACUCACAUUGAGAACAUGUUUUAAAACCAAGACACCGGAACAAGUUUUAUAUAUUGAUUAGUUUCUUUGUCCUCUAAAUUGUUAUAAACAAUUAACUUUUAAAACUUUUCUGUACUUUAUUCAAAAAAACCAAUGGACUCUGUUAAAAUUUAUUCAGCAAAAAUUAACUCUUUUUGUUUUGUAUUAAGAGAGAUAAACAAUAUUCCUAACAAUUUGCUAAUUGUUGGGAAUCCAGCUAAACAAAAAUGAUACAAUUGAUUAAGCCAAAAAUAAAAAACUAAAAUCAAUUUGUAAAAAUUA